AUGACCAGUGACAUUAGCGCAAAUGGGAAGAAUAAUAUUGACUAUAAACUUGCCUUUCAAGGACGAGCCGUCGAUUCCCAAUUUAUCGACCCUUGCCAUGAGGCUUCAAAGGCAUCCAUGACGUGUUUGGAUAAAGUGGAGUCACUCUUCAAUCCUCUUGCACCGUCCUAG